CAUCCUCUGAUUUUUCCUCCACCUCAGCUUCACCCCAGUCCCUAUGGAGACCACCAAUAGGACUGAGAUCUGGUACCAGAAUCUGCAUGCUAUGCUGAAGGCUCUGAAUGCCACUCUUCAGGGCAAUUUGCUCUGUCAGUCAAAGACACUACCAGGGUCAGGGCCAGACAACCAGACUGAGGAAUGGUGGGCCAGUCUACCUGGCCACGAUGACAACUCCUACAUGUACUUUCUCUUUGUCAUGUUCUUGUUUGCUGUCACUGUGGGCAGCCUCAUCCUGGGAUACACUUGCGCCUGGAAGCAGAGUGACCCCUACCAUGUGUUUAUCUAUGAAGAAGAACUGUGUAUCUAUGAUCUAACAUGA